AUGCCAGGCGCAGUAAAACUUAAGGACUCGGACUCUAAACGACCCGCAAUUUGUAAAGAGGAAUUGAUCGAUUUUCAUGAUUACAACCGAUUAGCAAAUCAAUUGCUUUACAGAAGCGAUUUGACAAAACAACGCAUCAAAGUCUUGGGACCUGUACCCUACAUUAUUCCAAGUGGAAAAUCCGGGGACAUUAGCCCUGCUAUCAAAGGAAUCAAUAACAGGACUUAUCUUAAAGCUUCUAAACAUUACGAUCAACCCAUUAAAGAAAAUUUCUCGGCUCAAAUCUAUUCGAUCAUGGAGCAGGCUAAAAAAGUCGAUAGCAGUAGGAACAGCAGUAGUAGCUGUAGUAGUACUUUAGAGUUCAACUCAGACCUAGAGGAUGUGGACCAGGAUCCUCAGUUGGUCAUGCGGCUCAAUCUACAGAUGCUUUACACUGUUUUCGACAAUAUCAGACAGAAUAUCCAGACGUCUGAUAUCCCUCUAGAUGACAAAAAUCCAAAAGAACUUCCAGCCUAUGGUUGGGAAGACAUUCUUUUGUCUGCAAUUGAAACCAAAAUCCCAGUAAACGUGAUCGAGGGUGUCUAUAGACGAUUAUCUGCCCAUUAUAAAAUGACACUACCAUCUAUCGAAAGUCACUUGUCUAUUCCUGCCCUGCCUACUCCUGCCUUACCUUCAAGUCCUUUUGAAAGAUGUGCUCAGGAUUUCUGGACGGACGAAGAGACUCAGAUGAGAAUUGUAAAGGAUAUCGAACGCAAGUUUACUUUGAUUCAAGAGCAGAUCGAGAACAAAAGCAAGUAA